AUGGCGGCUAGCAGACGAACAUGGUGUGACGAGGGAAGAACUCACUUUGAAUAUAUUGUAGUUGGUUGUGGGGGAAUUGGCAGUGCUGCAGUUUACUGGCUAGCAAAACGCGCAAAAGCAGAUGUCUUAGGGAUAGAACAGUUUGAAUUGGGGCAUCAGAAUGGUGGCUCACAAGAUCAUUCAAGGACCAUACGUUUACUUUACCAUAAUGAUCGUUAUACAGAUAUAGGACGUCAUACAAUACAGACAUGGCGCGAAGUAGAGAAAGAAGCCGGCGUACAAUUGGUAUAUAAGACUGGUGGUUUAACUAUGUGUCGCCGUGGAGAAAUGGAUCUCGUUUUUGAAGAAUAUGCUAACGCUAUGGACCGCAAGAAUAUCAAAUACGAACGAUUAGAUUCUGAAGCCUUGAUGAAGAAAUUUCCACAAUUCGAGGUUGGCAAAGAAGUCAUGAGUUUAUAUCAACCGGAUGCAGCCAUCGUAGAUCCCGCCAUGUCUAAUUCCGUCCAUAUUCAGCUUGCUAGAGGCUAUGGAGCAUCUAUACUUGCUAACACCUCUGUAAUACGUGUGCUUAGAAAUGAUAAUGGACAGAUAACGGUUCAAACAACGAAAGGGACGUUCACCUGUCGUCGUUUAGUAGUAGCUGCCGGUGCCUGGAUUAAUCAAGUCUUAGGUUCUGUAGGCGUACACAUACCAAUUACAGUUACACAAGAGCAAGUUACUUAUUUGGGCACUCCGUAUAUCAAAGAGUUCACCAAAGACAAGUUUCCUAUUUUUACUUUCCAUACCCCCUACUGUGAUUUUUAUCAGAUGCCAGUUCAUGGGAAUGCAGCAACUAAAAUAGGCGCCGAUGCUUGCGGCGAAGUCGUGACCUCUGCUACCCGAAAUUUUACUCCCAAUGCCGAGUUAGAGAAAUUGACGAUGGAUUUUAUGGCAUCUAUAGCACCUAAAUUUGUAGGUCCUGUGGUACAAACGAAAACCUGUUUGUAUGCUAUGACCCGAGAUAGACAUUACGUUAUAGAUAAAUGCGAUCAUGUUGGCUUUCCCGAUAUUGUAUUCUGUUGUGGUGCUGGGAAUGCGCUCAAAUUUGCCAGUCUCUUUGGUAAAAUUUUGAGUGAAAUGGCGAUAGAUGGUCAAACCCAAUACGAUAUAUCUGGUUUUACCAAAAACAGAGAGGCCAUAAGUAAUCCUAAUUUCAAGCCACUCUUCAGAAUAUCUGGUGACGGUGCCAACAUAGCUAAACUUUAGUAGAUGACGUGCCGUAAUAAAAUCCUAACAGUACAUGUUAAAUUAUAGGCUAACAAAUUAUAGGCUAACUUGAUACAAGUAGAGUUUAUAUCUCUGGGUAUUACCCCAGAAUGAUAUCAAAUCAAGUACAGAUCAAGUUGCUUGAUCGACAGUAAUGUGGUUUAUAUAGAGAAUCUCCUACCAGUCUUUUUUGAUAUCAAACAAUAUCAACACAAGUUGAUAAAGUAACAAAAAACGAGGCUCUGCCGUUUUUUUUUUUACUUUAUCAACGAGUGUUGAUAUUUUUUGAUAUCAAAAAACACGAGUAGGAGAUUUUAUUUAUCACCCAAUGCCUCCUUAUAUGCACAAAUACAUAAAUAUAAUUCUAUGCUGUAGAUUUCACUUUUACUGAACAUUACGGCGUAGUGAUACAUCAUUUUAUGACAGCAAUUCAACCAUGGCAAAGUCCUUUAUAUUGACCCAGUGUUUCCACCCAGGUCAAUUGAAUAACAAUAGUUCCUUUUUAAUAAAAAAAAAUUACUUUUAAUAAGAAAUGAACUGUUCUUUGAAAAUAAAAAAAGUAGUUCAAUUUCAACUGACCAAUCAAAUUCAUGUAAAGCGAUAUCUCCUAAUAUAUAUCACACAAGCGAUAUCUACUGUAGAAUGUGU